AUGGCUUCGACGGGCAACAGCGACCGCGAUGCCGUCGAUCAGUCCCAUGUCGGCGCCGCUGCUGCGGGCGACGACCAAAAGGUUGAUCCCUACAAGGACGUCGUCGAGGCCGAGCGGGCGCCGUCGCCCGAGCUCGAGAAGCGGCUGAGGCCCGACUACUCGAAGAUGGACAAGGAGCUGGCCCAGUACGUCUCGGACACGCGCAUCGACAUCUCGGAGGAGGAGAACAACCGACUCCGCCGCCUCGUCGACAAGCGCGUCCUCGUCAUCAUGAUCACCACCUACUUCCUGCAGGCCAUCGACAAGGGCACCAUGAGCUUUGCCUCCAUCAUGGGCAUCAUCGAGGACACCGGCCUCCACGGUCAACAAUAUCAAUGGCUCACCACGUGUAUCUACAUCACCAUCCUGAUCGUCGAGUACCCGCAAAACUGGCUCAUCGCGCGCGUGCCGAUCGCCAAGUACCUCUCCUUCUCCAUCAUGGCCUGGGGCGCGGUGCUGGCCUGCACGGCCGCCUGCACCUCCUUCGCCGGCCUGGUGACGGUACGGACGCUGCUGGGCCUGUUCGAGUCGGUCUGCCAGCCCGCCUUCGUCGUGCUGUCGGCGACGUGGUACCGGCGCGAGGAGCAGGCGGCGCGCGUGACGUACUGGUACAUGAUGAACGGCGCCCAGCAGAUCGUCGGCGGCCUGCUGGCCUACUGCUUCUCCCUCAUCCGCACCGGCCCGCUCAAGUCGUGGCAGUGGCUCUUCAUGUCCUACGGCAUCAUCUCAGUCAUCUACGGCGCCUUUGUCGGAUGGUGGAUGCCCGACUCGCCCAUGCGCGCGAAGUGCUUCACCGAGGAGGACAAGCGCCUCAUGGUCGAGCGCGUCCGCGCCAACCAGACCGGCGUCCAGAACCGCCAGUGGAAGAAGCACCAGUUCUGGGAGGGCAUCCUCGACCCCCAGGCCUGGGGCUACGCCCUCAUCCAGCUGUGCACCACCCUCCCGACCAGCGGCCUCGGCAGCUUCCAGGGCCUCAUCAUCAAGUCCUUUGGCUUCUCCGUCCUGCAGACCCAGCUGCUCGCCAUGGUCCUCGGCGCCUACAUCAUCAUCGUCCUGCUCAGCUCCUCCUGGCUCGUCAAGAAGACCAACCAGAACCUGCUGGUCAUGCUGGGCUUUGUCAUUCCGUACUUCAUCGGCACCAUCUGCCUCAUGACGGUCCCAAUCGAGACCCUGGGCCAGAAGGUCGGCCUGGUCAUCUGCUACUACAUCACGCUGUCCUUCUGGUCCGCCCAGACGCUGGCCCUGUCCAUGCUGUCGCGCAACGUGGCCGGACAGACCAAGAAGAGCGUGGCCGUGGCGCUCAACUUUAUCAUCUGGUCCACCGGCAACGCCAUCGGCCCCCAAGUCUUCCUCGACUGGGACAAGCCCCGGUACUUCAUCGCCUUCGCUACCCACCUGGGCUGCUACACUCUGCUGGUCAUCGUCAUCCUCGGCCUCCGCUUCUACCUCAAGUACCAGAACAAGAAGCGCGACGAGCUGGCCGCGUCCGGCGCUGCCGAGGCCAAGGACGAGAACCUCGUGCACGCGUUCGAGGACCUGACGGACAAGGAGAACCCCAACUUCCGCUACGUGUACUAG